AAAGUUUAAUUAAAACUGGAAAUGCGGUCGCUCGGAACCACAGUGACACUGCCAGUGUUUACCGUCGUCCCGGAGCUUCUUCCUGUCCGGUGUCAGGUCAAAAUGUUGUGUGUGAGAAAACUCCAGAGGCUAAAGGCUGCUUUCUAUCUCCCUAGGAGCACAACACACAGGAGCCUUACAUCCGCUGAAGUCCUGCCGAAAGAUGACGCUCUUCUAAAAGUGGGGAAUCCGUCCAGAGAGUCCAAAAAAGGCUGCGUGCUCUGCAACGUCACUGUGGACUUUAAAAACAUACAGCUUCUGUCUCAGUUCGUCUCUCCUCACACUGGCAGGAUCUACGGCCGACACAUCACAGGAUUAUGUGGGAGAAAGCAGAAGGAGAUCUCUAAAGCCAUAAAGAAGGCUCACUCACUAGGUUUCAUGCCAGUGACCCACAAAUAUCCUGAGUUCAUGAAGGAUCCCAGGAUCUGCAGCAUCAAACAUCUGGAUUAGAGGAUCAGUAUUUCCUGCUCCCAGUGUAUAAAGUUAAAAACUGAUUUUGUUUGUAUUAAACUUAAAAAUGUCCACCAUCUC